AUGAAGGUCCUGCUGAUGCUGGCAGUGCUGUUUGCCUGGAGUGUGUUUACAGCCCAUGGGAAGCACCCACGGACAUUCGCGCCAGGACUGGAGGGAAGCACCGUAGGAAAUCUGACUGCCCACAGUUGCUACUCGAGAUGGGGUGGCAGUAGCACAUCGAAGGCUUCAGUGGACCGGUGCUGCCUGCUGCGUGCCUGCUGCUACGCCAGGCUGGCUGCGCGGCGCUGCCGCCUGGGACCCAUCCAGCCGCUCUCCGUGCCCCGGGCAGCGAUCCCCACCUGCAGAUCCGGGACCUGGUGCCAGCGAGGUGCCUGCCGAUGCGAGCGGGCAGCCCAGCUUUGCCGCAUACGCAGCCAGAGGCUGCUCCGGCCUCGCAGCAAAUGUCGGGGACGAGGGCUGGCUCCCGCUGACUGCAAUGUGGUUCAGUUCGGUUCCAUGAUUAAGCACAAGACUGGGAAAUCACCGCUCUCCUACAACGGCUACGGCUGCUACUGCGGCUUGGGGGGAUCCAAACAGCCGCUGGAUGCAACCGACUGCCCAGGGAAUGCUCCUGGGAGCCGAAACAGCAAUGCAAAAAUCAUUGCUCAUUCUGGACACUUCUUUAAAAGCGGUUUAGUAGCAGUAGGUGAUGGGAAUGGCGCAC